UUGGCCGUCGUUGACAGAGAGACAAAGGCCAUGUUCAGUACCAGCGCCAAAAUAGUGAAGCCCAAUGGCGAGAAGCCAGACGAGUUCGAGUCUGGUAUCUCCCAGGCUCUGCUCGAGCUGGAGAUGAACUCCGACUUAAAGGCUCAGCUGAGGGAGCUGAACAUCACUGCUGCAAAGGAAAUCGAGGUGGGUGGCAGCAGGAAAGCCAUCAUCAUCUUCGUUCCCGUUCCUCAGCUCAAGUCCUUCCAGAAGAUCCAGGUGCGUCUGGUGAGGGAGCUGGAGAAGAAGUUCAGCGGGAAGCACGUGGUCUUCAUCGCACAGGACUGGUCUCCUGGCUCUGCCCUGGUGGCUGAUGGGAGCGUAGCUCUGGCUGAGACGUUCAGGCCCGUUCCACGCCGUCGGACACUAAGCCCCGCCCCCGGCCUCCGGCUG